UGUAAAUCUGCAAUCUCUUCAAACUGAAUGACAGGAAAUAAAAGCAGACCGCAGCAGACUGACAGUACCUGACAGUACAGUACGACAACCAACAAACGACGGUCGUGGUGUAGCAAGCAGAAGCAGAAGACAGACAGGAAUUGUUUUGAUACCUUCAAGCUUUUUACAGCCAUGGGUUCAGUUGUAAGUCGAUCAAUGGAAGACGGUAUGUCAAAAAACCGUGAAUUUGUGAAAGAGCUGAACACCAUUAUGGUUGAGAGACAAUUACAUUCCCAGAACCAAAUGAGGGAGCGACUCAUGGCAAUGCAAAUAGCAAGAGCCCGAGAACUACUAAACUGGCUGACUGCAUUUUACGUCAUUGGUGUGACGAGUCUGUCUUCAGCGUAUCGCAAGACUAAAAAGCCAGGGUUUCUGAUGCCAAUUUUACCACUGACAUUUGUUCUGGCAUAUCAGGCUGAUCUGUCUUAUGGUACUAAAUUACAUCGUAUCAGAGCUGAGGCAGAACACAUUAUGCAGCAUGAAACAGAGACUCUCUUUCUUCCAUGUGGUGUUCCCACAGUUUCUAGCAUUGAUCUUGCCCGCCAAGUUGAAACUGAGAGACAAAAACUUCACCCACACAUGCCAGCAUUAUAAAAAUGUUUGAUAUUGGAUAUUAAUUCCCUUCAGUUACAUAGUUGUUUGAUGAACCAGUACUUAAAAGAGCAGUAUUGCUUUUCUGAGAUCCGUGCCACCUGUUUUGUUACUUUUUCUCAUGCGUAGGUAAUUUGACAUUUCACAGAUGUAAGGAAGUGUCAUGUUAUUGCUGGACUAGCUGUGCCCAACUACACCCUCUCUAUAAGGUCAGUUUUUCUAAAAUGUCAGUUUUUCGUGUAUUUUGAAGGGUUUUUUUUUUAUUCCAAUUAAGGAAGUUUGUAGGUAUGGAUCUUAUUAAUUAUUAUGAAAUAUAUUUCAAACUAAAUAAAAUAUGUCAUUUUAAAAUUUAUAUCUAUACUCAUUCAAAAAAUUGUUAUUAAAUAUGUAGCUGUUGACAAUAUCAUUAUUACAUGUAAACUUUUAAAGGACAAAUAAUCGAUUUGUUUUUGUGUAUCACUCUUCUAUAUUGUACCAUUUUUGUAUAUCUUUACAUUUAUUCCGUAAGUUCCUACUUGGUAAAAACGAUCCUUUGGAAGUGUAAUCUUGUAUUUCAACUGCUGUGUCAGUUGAAUAUACAAAAUUUCUUUUAUUUCUCUAAGAACUAUGAAGCCUUAAUGACUUGCCUCUAGCGUGGAAUAACUUUCCAGUUGAGUUUCACCACUGUGAAUGAUUUGUGAUUGUGUACAGGCUGUUUUUAAACAAUUUUUUAAAUCAAGAUUUGUUUUAAACUCAUUCCUAUGUAUUUGUUAAAAUAAUCUUACACUGUUUGAACACUUUUUGAAUGUGGGGAUUUUGCUCACCGUGUAAGCUUAGUAGUCUUGAUGAUUAGCGCUGUUGUCUAAACAGAUAUCACUCCAGUGUAUGUUAUGAUUAUUUCUCUGUUACAUUUAUUUUGCUGUGAUUAUUAGUACAUUAGGACUGUUUGAGAUAUUACCUGUUCAUCAUAAUUUGUUUGAUUUAAUACGUCAUUUUCUUGUUCAUAGUCUCAUUUUUGUAAAAAUGAUUUUUCUCUGAAAAAAUAAAGUUUAUGAUUCAUUCUAUCCUAA